AUGUCUAUUAUAUUUUUAUAUCUGGUGUUGAAAGACGGCUUGUUUGAAAACCAGACUCCGGAAAACUUCGCAGCGGUCAGUGGCCCAAAAGCUGGUACCACACAACACCUGGACAAACUGACCAGAGAGGUGUACGGCGACCGAGAACUCUGGUUCGUCGUCUUCUCUUCCCAGUCCUGCUCACGUGGAACAGCCGGACAGACCAACUAUGGCUACGCUAACUCCGCCAUGGAGCGCAUUUGUGAGCGAAGGCGCUCAGAUGGUUUUCAUGGCCUGGCCAUCCAGUGGGGAUGGAUUGGUGAUGUGGGUUACGUUGUUAAGAGCAUGACGUCAUCUACUACCGGCCACAUCUCAUGCUUUGCUCCUCAAUGUAUGGCAUCGUGUCUUGAAGCGCUGGACUCAGCAAUGACCAGUGGUUACUCAGUAGUGGGCUCUUUUGUCAAACAGCAAAGAGAAGGUACCGAAAGGAAGAAGGCAGUGAAACCUCAAAGCGUCACGGAGAAGGUUCUAAAGCUGUUAGGUGUGAAGAACUCAUUGAAUGACAGCCUGACCCUACAGGAAGUAGGAAUCGAUUCCAUCAUGACGGUCGAGGUCAAACACCUUCUAGAGAGAGAUGCCAACGUUGUUUUAAGCAACAAAACUGUCAGAAAUAUGACUUUCUUGGACCUAAAGAAAAUAG